AGGAAAGUUGCAACUAUUUCCUUUUAUCUUUCUUCCAUUUGUCUUCACAUUCUGUUGCCGUUUGUUUUAUAUCUUUUUUCUCUUUCGUUAAUCCAAUCAUUAUUACAUACAAUAAAAACAAAUUCCUUGUUUGCUCAGAAAACUAUAUCAAUCUUUCUUUGUUUCUCAUCCAAUUUUCGCUUCAGAAGUAAAAAACACCAGAGAAAGAAAAUGAAUGAUAAUAAUCCUUUUAUAAUUCUGGUUGUGUCAGUUUUAAUAAUCGCAUGUUCUGUCACUCACGUGAGAUCAGAUGCCUCCGAUCAUCGCUAUAAAGACGGCGAUCCUGUUCCUCUCUACGCCAACAAAGUGGGCCCCUUCCACAAUCCCAGUGAAACAUAUCGCUAUUUUGAUCUCCCAUUUUGCGUUCCAGAUCACCUGAAAGAGAAAACAGAAGCACUCGGUGAGGUUUUAAAUGGAGACCGUUUAGUAAGUGCUCCUUACAAGCUCAAUUUUCGAGAUGAGAAGGACACGGCGGUUGUCUGUCGGAAAAAACUUACAAAGGAGGAGGUUGGUCGAUUUCGAUCUGCAGUUGACAAAGAUUAUUACUUCCAAAUGUACUAUGACGACCUGCCUGUUUGGGGCUUCAUUGGCAAGAUUGAUAAGCAAGAUAAUAAGUACUUCCUUUACAAGCACAUUCAAUUCGAUGUUCUCUAUAAUAAGGACCGUGUGAUUGAAGUGAAUACUAGGAUGGAUCCUCAGUCAUUGUUGGAUUUGACUGAGGACAAAAAUGUUGAUGCGGAGUUUCUUUAUACUGUAAAAUGGAAGGAAACAGAUAUUCCUUUCGAGAAGAGAAUGGAUAAGUAUUCUUUCUCUUCUUCACUUCCUCAUCACUUGGAAAUUCAUUGGUUCUCUAUUAUUAACUCUUGUGUCACAGUUCUCCUUUUGACUGGCUUUCUUGCCACAAUUCUCAUGCGGGUAUUGAAGAAUGACUUCAUGAAGUAUGCACAAGAUGAGGAAGCAGCUGAUGACCAGGAGGAGACUGGAUGGAAGUACAUCCAUGGUGAUGUUUUUAGAUACCCAAAGUACAAAUCUUUAUUUGCUGCUGCCCUUGGAUCUGGAACCCAGUUAUUUGCACUAACUGUUUUUAUUUUUAUGCUUGCCCUGGUCGGUGUAUUUUAUCCAUACAAUCGAGGUGCUCUAUUUACUGCGCUGGUGGUCAUAUAUGCACUUACUUCUGGAAUUGCUGGAUAUACUGCAACCUCUUUCUAUUAUCAGCUUGAAGGAACAAACUGGGUGAGGAAUCUUUUGCUGACAGGAUGCCUUUUCUGUGGACCUCUGUUCCUCACGUUUUGCUUCCUGAACACUGUUGCCAUUAUUUACAGUGCAACUGCAGCAUUACCAUUUGGAACUAUUUUGGUGAUACUCCUUAUAUGGACUUUAGUGACUUCUCCAUUACUUGUAUUGGGUGGUAUUGCUGGGAAAAACAGCAAGGCUGAAUUUCAAGCACCUUGUCGUACCACAAAAUAUCCUCGAGAGGUCCCACAGUUGCCAUGGUACAGGAGUGCUCUUCCUCAGAUGGGAAUGGCGGGUUUCUUGCCUUUUAGUGCUAUCUAUAUUGAGCUCUACUACAUAUUUGCCAGUGUCUGGGGCCACAGAAUCUACACCAUUUACAGCAUCUUGUUCAUUGUCUUCAUUAUUCUUCUGAUUGUUACAGCUUUUAUAACUGUGGCUUUGACAUACUUCCAACUUGCUGCUGAAGACCACGAAUGGUGGUGGAGGAAGCGAUAUGUGCAAGGAGGAUGGUUAAAAUCUAUUACUCCAUCAAAAAGUUUUGAGAGUGCAAAAGCGAGCCAUAAUGGAUUGUUUGAUGAGUCCCCUGCAGUAAUUUUCUCACAAGUGUAUCUUUUUGCCCUUCGGUUGCUGAAGCUCUUAAACCUAUCUUUUCUCUGUGGUGGAUCAACUGGGCUAUUCAUCUAUGCUUACUGCUUGUAUUACUACUAUGCACGAUCCGACAUGUCUGGCUUCAUGCAAACCUCUUUCUUCUUCGGGUACAUGGCUUGCAUAUGCUAUGGAUUCUUCCUCAUGCUUGGGACAGUGGGUUUCCGUGCUUCCCUGCUCUUUGUUCGUCACAUAUACAGGUCGAUUAAGUGUGAGUAGUUUUCUGGCUCUUCCUCUUAUCUUUCAUUAUUCUGUCGGAGGAAGAUCUAUGAUUUUUGUUAAAGAGUUAGACGAGAGAUUGCAUUGGCUACAAGAAGAGGCUUUAGCCCUUCCUUCCCUGACGAGGUCUACUCAGAUCUCGGUCACAUAUCGGCGUAGGUUUUAGAUAUCUUAACAAAACCAUGAGGUUUAUCAACAAUUUUUGCUAUAUGUAAUUAGCAUACAUACAAAUUCCAGUGCGGAUGUUGUGUUGCAUCUUACUUUGGUUUCGUAGAAGCAGCUUUUCUCUCUUCCUACA